AUGUCUUCUCCAUCUACUGUUUAUCUUAUCACUGGCGCCAACCGUCCACGUGGUGUUGGUACGAUCACCUUCCUUCUCGAUGCGUUCGUUUACGCAACUGCCAGGGAUCCGAGCAAGGCCCCGGCGCUUGACGAACUCAAGAAGAAAUAUCCCUCCAGACUAGCGAUUGUCAAGUGGGUUGCCGCGGAUGUCGAAGGCAAUAAGGCUUUGGCAAAAGAAAUCGAAGAGCGUCAUGGAAGGGUGGACACCGUUAUCGGAAAUGCCAGCUUGCUUGCGGGAAAUAAUAGAGUAAAUGACGUCCUCGUUAGUGAUCUGGAGGACCAUUUCAAGGCUAAUGUACUUGGCCCGGUCGUACUAUUCCAAGCUCUGUACAACCUGUUGAAGAAAAGCAAGCAGCCUCGCUUCGUGCCUAUCAGUAGUCUUGUUGGAUCAAUUUCGGAGCCAACUAUAUCUCUCGAUAUGAGGAAUACCCCAUACGCGUCCAGCAAAGCGACUUUGAACUGGAUUACCCGUAAAAUCCACUACGAAAACGAGUGGCUCAUUACAUUUCCUCUCUCUCCAGGCGGUGUCGACACAGAUAUGUUUGACUAUAGCAAAGAGACAGAUGCAUCCGGAGCUCUGCAAGCCGUCAUUCAGACAUAUGGAGAAUUUCCAACUGCAGAUAAGGUUGCUGUUCUUUUGUUGAACAUUAUCGACGAGUCGACUAGGGAAAAAGAUGGAGGGCAAUUCAUCAAUGUUGACGGAAGCAGGGCGUCCUGGUAA